AGAUGAUGCAUAAUGUAAAAAACCCGAGACUAGGGAACACGAAGGGACAGACACAACGCGAAGUCUGUUCCCCUGGGAUGUCGCCACCGGCGUCACGUUGAGCCAAGUGGUCAAUCAAGUCAAGUCACGUCAUAGUCGCUCGUUGAAAAGGAGGAGGCGGCGUUUCCGACGUUUCUGCUGUUGUUGCAACAGUUUCGGGAGGUGUGUCAGGGCUUCCGCCCUCUUUGUUGCUGCUGUGGGCUGUUGCGUCUUGCUUCUGCACUGUCUCAAGUCCCGAAGGAACGGCCACAGAAGAGAUGAAGUACAUGACUACAUGCUGUUGCAGUUGCUGCACAGUAGAGACAGGAACCAAAAUACUGAGCAUUUUGGGAGCAAUCUCAUUCAUCAUUGGGUUCUGCAGUUCCAUCACACAAACUGUAUUCAACAACGAAAACAAUCCUUUCGAUCUCCGUGAGAUAGCAGUGUCUCAAGCUGUGUUCUGUGCCAUCGGGGCUCUGCUGGCUGUCCUUUGCAUGAUGGGAGCAGUUAAGAAGCAACGUCACUUGAUCUUCCCAUAUCUCGUGUUUCAAGGGAUCUAUAUGGCCUACAUGGUGGUCUUUUCUACGUUUCUUAUUCUUGCAAUGGGUGCUCUAGGAGUUAGCCAUCACGACGCGGUGGGAAAUGACCCCAAGACAAUGGACAGCCAGACAGACUCCUCUCGUGCGAUGUACGCAUAUAUGGCGAUAUCUGUUACAGUCUCUGUGGUUGUGUACUUUAUCUUGAAUCUGUAUUACUUCUUCGUGAUUCUUUCUUACUACAAGGCCCUGGAGAAAGCUGAAUGCUACAACCAGUUUCAGAUGGGGGAUAGGUUGAUGUCCUCUGAUGAGCCUCCUCCUUAUUCUCCUGAAGAUAAGCCCACUCAGCAUUGCCCUUAGAUGGCCACACACAGUUGUGAUCUUGUUGGAUUGUUUUGCAUCUACAUUUUGUGCCACAGAGGAAGUGUGAUCUGAAACAACAGGCCUUGUUCCUCAUACGAAGUGCAGUAUAGUGAGCUGUGUAUAUCACGUGUGUUUGUGUUUACUGUCACACUUGAUGACUCAAUGGAAUUUCUAGUCACUACUUCCAAGUUGUGAUGCCUUACAUUUGUCAGCCAUUAUUAACUUUUGUUGCACAGGUUGCGAGACUUAUUGUUGUCACUUGGGACAUAGGCUCGACUUGGCAUUUUGUUACAUAUUGUUUUAUGCCAUGUUACCUCUGUUACCCAGUUCAUGCCUUGUCUCAUGCUGGUUAUCUGAUCACCACUUCCUUGUGUUAACUAUUGUAUUGCACAUAUUUUGUUUGUGUUCCACAUGUUACUUGACCAGUAAUUCACGCUCAGAGUGCAUAAAUGUAACUCUGUAGCCUGGUCCAAACAGGAAAUGCGCGAGCGUCGCAGCUUACUUUACUACAACUGCUCAACUUGAGAGCCAUUAUUAAGUUAGUCAAAACUGCUGUCAAAUUUGGCAUUGUACAUACCCAGAAGCAAGUGCCUUCAAGUUACUUUUUUUUUGUACUGUUUCUAAUCACUGCCAAGAACAUAUAUUAAAAAGUUAAAAUAAAGGACUACAAGGAAAG